AUGUAUAAUGAAGCUGCCGAUUCCGAUGACCUAUCAGACAAUGAGUCUCAUGUAUCCCUGUCCACCAGCAACUCCUCUGGCAAGCCUCCCCAGUCGUUUUCAGGCCAGGUAAGUAUACGCAAUGAUUGCGCUAUCGGCCACCGGGUGCAGGCAGCGCGCUCUAUCCUGGCCUUGGCAUUAGACGAGGAAUUCGUCUUUGCAGGUCUGCAGGGAGGUGACAUCGUGGCAUGGUCUUUAGACACGUACGAACUGGCGUUGUCUAUUCGGGCGCAUGAAGAGAGUGUCCUAGGACUAUUUCUCUCCGAUGAUGGAAGUCUGCUCUUUUCUAGUGGUGGAGACUCGGUGGUUAACGUCUGGUCAACUGCUACUUUCGAGAGACUGUACUCCAUCUACUCGUACCAUGACGUGGGCGAUAUCUUUGCUGUCGUCUAUUCGCGUGACCUCGACACCGUGUUUUGCGGAGGGCAAAACACAAGUCUGCAGUGGUGCAAUUUAUCGACAGAUGAAGCUGCCACAGUGACAAGACAUCCGUCCAAGCUCCGACAUCGAUUCUUCGAUUCGCGAGGUCCUGGUGGCAGUAUCAACCCACGAUCAGAGGAGUCUUCCAGUCAAAACCCAGCCAGCCAUGGAGGGAAAGCUUUGACGUUCAAGCGCGACCACCACAGGCUAUUUGCCCACCAUGGAUAUGUGUAUUCAAUGAUCCUUGUCCGUGGAUUGGUGGAGUCAGCGCCAUCCGAAGAGGUGCUUUUGACCGGUUCUGGUGAUGGUUCUGUCAAAUUGUGGCGACUGAGUAAGGAUGAAAAUGGGGCUCCGGUUCAGUGGGCCAAACUGAACAAUGGAGGCGAUGCUGUUUUGUCUCUAGCUGUGGAAGGACCGCUGUUAUACUGUGGUCUAGCUGGCGGUGCAUUGAACAUUUGGAACUUGGACUCCCAGCAGCUUGUCAAGCAGAUUACCGAAUAUCAGGGAGACUUAUGGGCCAUCGAUAUCAUCAAAGGUAUUGCAAUCGGUGGAGACUCGCAAGGAUUGGUAAAAAAAUUCAAUUCCAAUUUCGAGGAGAUUGGGUCCUGGACGGCUCAUGAGGGCACCAUGCUUGCCUCGGCUGCAGGAUUUUUCAGAAAUCGGCGCAUAUAUGCUACGGGUGGAAAUGAUAAUACUGUUGCUAUUUGGGAUCUUAGUGGACAUCCGGAAAAUACAGAAAUCCAACCUAUUGGCAAUGAUGAAAUGGUCAAUACUCUCGCCAAAUUUGUUUCUUUCAAGACUAUCUCGUCCAGCCCAAAGUUCUCGGUUGAUUGUAACCAAGGAGCUGCUUUUCUCCGCCGCCACUGUGCAUACUUGGGAGCAAAGACUAAGUUGCUACCAACCGGCGCUGAUACUAACCCCGUCGUCUACGCGAGGUUCUCUGCGUCUUCGGCCGGAUCAGACGUCAAGACUUUGCUAUUCUAUGGGCAUUACGAUGUUGUAGGCGCUGAUACCAAUCGAGCGAAAUGGCGGACAGAUCCUUUCCAACUCAGUUCUGUCGAUGGAUUCUUGUACGGUCGAGGCGUUUCCGAUAACAAAGGUCCCAUUUUGGCAGCUCUUUACGCAGCUGCGGACCUUGUUCGGCGUAAAGCCCUCGACUGUAACCUGGUGUUUAUCAUCGAAGGAGAAGAAGAGUCAGGGUCGCAGGGAUUUCAGAAAGCAGUGCGCGAAAACAAAGAACUUAUCGGAAAUGUCGACUGGAUUCUCCUGGCAAAUAGUUACUGGCUGGAUGAUCAUAUCCCAUGCCUUACUUACGGUCUGCGUGGUGUCGUACACGCCAAUCUGAUUGUGACAAGCGACCACCCUGACCUCCACAGUGGUAUAGACGGAAGUGCUCUACUGGAUGAACCUCUCAAGGACUUGUCUCUCCUUAUUUCAACAUUAGCUGGUCGUAAAGGACAUGUCAACUUUCCCGGUUUUUACAAUAGUGUGCCAAAAUUGACAAAGGCAGAAGAAGAGAGAUACGAAGCCAUUGCAGCGACUCUUCUUCCACUGCACCCAGAAAUUGUCGAUCGGGAGGCUUUCACCAUGUCGCUAAUGUAUCGCUGGCGAGAACCAUCCCUUACUAUCCACUCGGUUGAAGUCCCAAGCAACAAAAAUUCAGGAACAACAAUCUUUCGCCGCGCAAAGGCAAGCUUGUCCGUGCGAAUCGUGCCCAACCAAGAUGCCGACGAAGUCGCGUCUGCUUUGACAGCAUACGCACAGGAGCAAUUCGACUUGUUGGAAUCGCAAAACGAGCUCACGGUCGAGAUCACAGGAAAGUCGGACCCAUGGCUAGGAGACCCGGACAAUGAAAUCUUCGGUACAUUAUCAGAAGCCAUCUCGGCCGCCUGGACACCCGACUAUGACGGUAAAAGACAAUACUUUCCUUUAUCCCCGUCCAGCAGUCUUCCUGCCAGAUCAGAGCUGCACCGUACCGACUCCAAUGACAGCGUCGCAUCGCACAUCGACCGGAUCAUCUCGUCUACCACGACAUCCUCAAAGACAAAAGAGCGCAGGAAGCAGAGUACUUCUAAUGCAACGUCAGUACCGACCUCAUCAACCUUGACUGGCAGCACCUCGAGCAAAGGAGUCACCAAGAAUGACUCUGGUGAUGUAUCCACAUUGCCUUCAGCAUCUUCAACAAUCGCUGCCUCCGACCCCUUUCCUUCAACACAAUCCGUACAAUCCCAACACGCCUUCAACAAGCAUGCCAGCCUCUCCUCGUCGCCACCAUCAUCAUCCUGCUCCCGAUCAAGAAAUCAGUCAGUUACCCCACUAUACAUCCGCGAAGGUGGCUCGAUCCCAACAAUCCGGUUUCUCGAAAAGGAGUUCUCGGCACCUGCUGCGAACUUGCCUUGCGGCCAGGCUAGUGACCAUGCGCACUUGGAUAAUGAGCGGCUGAGGGUGAUUAACUUGUAUAAAAGUAGAGAGAUUUUCCGUCGGGUUUUUGAGAAACUCCCUCAACGAGGGGCUUAG